AAAACUUCAGGGAAUUACGGGUAUGUAGUCUGUAGCGGAAGGUGAAUAAUUUUUAACAUGUAUUAUAGUAAUGUUUCUGUGGUGUUUUGUUACAUAAAGGAUUAUAUUAUUAGUGGAAAAAAAUACCAGUUGAGAUAAACUCACACAAUGGAUGAAUUUAAUGAUUUCAAAUUCGACUGGAUAGAAAACUCUGUAGUAGCAUCCAUGUUGAUCACUUCGUUUCUGAUUGGGCUUUACUACACUUUCUGCAAUAAACAGGAGACGUUUGUCGACUACAUGCUGGGAGGUCGGAACAUGGGUAUCUUCCCCGUAGCCAUGUCUCUAGUGGCAAGUUCUGUUUCUGGUUUGUCCAUUUUGGGUAUACCCACAGAGAUUUAUCUCUAUGGAACUCAGGUUGCUGCUGCUAAUUUCACGCUUAUUUUAUUGACUCUGGUCAUUGGAGUCUUCUACCUUCCAGUCUACUACAAACUUCAGCUCGACUCUCAUUUCGAGUAUUUACAACUCCGAUUCAACAAACACGUCAGAAUACUUGGAAUUACAUUAUUUUCUCUUCUUAUGAUAAUGUUCCUGCCUCUUGUCAUAUAUAUUCCAGCCGUCUGCCUCAAUCAGGUUACAGGACUUUCCGUCUAUUCCAUAGCUUUUGGAAUUAGUGGGAUCUGUAUUUUUUACACAACCUUUGGAGGACUGAAAGCCGUUCUUUGGACCGAUGUACUUCAAAAUAUGUUCACCUUUUUUGGAAUGGUGUUUGCAAUAAUCGUCAGCUGUUUCAAUCUCGGAGGAGUAAGUGAGAUAUGGCGGAUCAACAAGGAGGGAGGCAGACUGGAAAUGUUCAAUAUGGACCCAAAUCCACUUGCCCGGAAUACACUGUGGGCUUCAUCUAUUGGUUAUUUCCUUAACUACCUGUGCAUCCUUUCUGUAGUUCCUGCGUCUGUCCAGAGGUACUUGGCAGUGCCGACUCUCACAAAGGCUAGGUGGACACUGUUUUACGUAGCUGUCUGUUUAUAUAUCGUCCUGAACCUGACAACGUUCUUCGGCAUGAUUCUGUAUGCCAGGUACUACCAGUGUGAUCCAGUGGCUGCCGGGGUUAUAAAAUCCUCCAGUCAGAUGGUACCCUUAUACAUAUCGGAGGUGGGAAAAAACUAUCCUGGACUUGCAGGACUCUUUGUUUCAGGAAUAUUGAGUGCUUCCCUCAGCUCGGUUUCAUCUUGGCUCAACUCGAUCGGGGGGAUGCUGUAUAAGGACAUAAAGGAUGUAUACUUUCCAAACGUUCAUCACUCAGAGGGCACAGAAUUCAAAAUAAUUAGAGCCGUGGUAAUUACAUUAGGCAUUGCAUCACUUUUGUUGAUCUUUGUUGUGGAUAAAUUGGGAACAAUAUUUCAGCUGGGAAUAACAAUAUUUGGAACUGUGCUGGGAUCGACCAUGGCUUUAUUCAGUCUUGGAAUGUUCUUCCCAAGAGCAAAUACCAAGGGGGCAGUGACAGGUGCAAUCGCAAGUUUCUUCCUGUCAGGCUGGAUAAUAUUCGGUGCUCAAUAUUAUAUAAUGACGGGAAAGUUGAAAUUUCCAGGAAAGAUUACAAGUAUUGACAACUGUCCAACCACUAUAAUGGAAAAUUUUAACUCCAGUACAUCUUUGUUGUUUAACUACACGGGGGUGGGUUCCCCAGUGGUGGCGGACAGUUCUGUGGCACUAAUCUACCAACUGUCCUACAACUACUACGUCGUAAUCGGUUUAAUAUCGGGGAUAGUGGUAGGCCUUGUAGUUUCUCUACUAACCGAGCCUCCAGACAUUGCCUCCUUGAGUCCUGAUCUCUUCACUCCCUGCGUGCACAGAUUUCUGCCGAAGAAGAGACAGGAUGAGCGGCCAGAUAAAGCGUCGUAUGAGCUAGCCAGGAACCAUGAAAACGUGGAAGUUGUUAUGGAUUUUUAAAAUGUUGAAUAAAAAAUAUGCUACAAACCAUAA